CUCACUCUCCCUCUUGCUAGCAACAUGGAUGAGCCACUCACUCUCCCUCUUACUAGCAACAUGGAUGAGCCACCAAGUGAUGGCGCAUCGGAUCAGAACCGGCGUAUUAGGGGCCUCGGAAAGCGUGCUGCAGGGGCCAUGGAGCCGCAAGGCUCGGGCGCUCUUCCGGCUUCCACGGCCCCUUGUGGUGCAUGCAAGUUCUUGAGAAGAAAAUGCAUCAAUGGGUGCGUUUUCGCUCCCUAUUUUGGUUCGGACCAAGGUGCAGCUCGGUUUGCAGCCGUGCACAAGGUGUUCGGAGCCAGCAAUGUGUCUAAGCUAUUGUUGCACAUUCCGGCUAACAGGCGGCAAGACGCGGUGGUUACGGUGACUUAUGAGGCUCAGGCUAGGCUCUCGGAUCCUGUUUAUGGUUGUGUGUCAACCAUUCUUGCUUUGCAACAACAGGUGGCAUCCUUACAAGCAGAGCUAGCAUUAGUGCAGACACAGGUAAUGAACAGCAGAUAUGCAGUGGCAAACUCCUUUCAAUAUUCACAACAACAGCAACAAGAACAACACGUUGCAAUUCUACAGCCAAGUUACUCAAACAAUUCAUCUGUUUCAAACAAUAUUAAGCUCAUCAACAACAUUAAUGGUGCCAGCAAUUUCAAUAACUCCACUAGUAGUACUGCUUUUGAUCACCAACUGCAUGGAUCAGCUGAUACCUGUACUGCUAAUAACUCUCCAAGUUUUGACCCAAUUCAUCAACUUCAUGAUGAGGAGGAGGAAGAGAGCCAUAAUCCACUUGCUUUCACUAAUCACAUGUUUCAUUCACUAUAAAGUACUGUAAUGACACUAUAUUUUACAUUUCUUCAAAAGUCUUGUUUUUACGAAUAAUUGAGGUGUUUUAAUUGCCGUCCA